CCCCUAAACGCCCUCCUCAGAUCCUACAUCGUCUACUCCAUGUGCUCCGUCCCCUGGCUAGUCGACUACGCCCCCGCGAUCUUGCAAUGGCUCGGUUCUGUGCCGGGGUUGAAGCAGGUCUCGGAGGGGGUCAUUCGUCAGACUUUCUUUGGGCAGUUCGUCGGAGGCGACUCCAUCCCCGCCUGUUUCCCACUCCUCGAACGUCUCCGCAGGGAGAAGAAAGGCGCACUGUUCUCCUACAGCGUCGAAGUCGACGCGUCUGGUUCUUCCGCUUCGUCCGGAUCUUCCGACUCGGCUGCGACCUUGUCCUCGUCUUCGUCGCAUAAACAGAUCGUGGAGGAGCUCUUGGACUCGAUCGACCGUGCGGCGGAUUUCGAGGAUGGGAUGGCUGCUGGAACAGGAGGCGCGAAGAGUGUUGAUUCGGGACGGAGGACGUGGAUCGCUGUCAAGAUGUCCGGUAUGGUCCCCGACUCCCAAUCCCUCCUGCACUUCUCCGCCUACCUCACCCGCUCCCAGUCCCAAACCCCUCUCAAGCCCCCCGUCGCCUUCCCCGGCUGUCCCCGCGCCUCCGAUAUGGAUAUCAUCCUGAGUUCAAAGGCUAAGGCUCGAGAUCGGUCGCCGAUGACGGAGAGGGACGUGCAGGAUGUUAGGGAGCUUUAUGAGGAUUUGGUGAGGAUUGGGAGGAAAGCGCAGGAGAGGGGGGUUAAGUUGAUUAUUGAUUCGGAGUAUAGCUGGUACCAGCCUGCAGUCGACUCCCUGAGUCUCGCACUCAUGCGUCAAUUCAACAGACCACAGCCCGCGCCAUCCUUCUUCUCAACGCCCAAACCGACAUCUGCGCUCGUCGAACAACCCCUCAUCUACGGCACUUUCCAGGCUUACCUCCGGAGAAACCCAGAAUACCUCGCCCGGUCGCUCAAAGACGCAAAAGCAGGCGGCUACGGCAUCGGCAUCAAACUCGUCCGCGGAGCAUACCACCCGCAAGAAACCGCGGCCCAUCCGUCCUCUUCCACAUCCUCCUCUUCAUCCCCCUCAUCCUCACCAUCACCCUCGCCCCCACCCUCCCAUGCUGCAACCUCGCUCUCCAUCUCCCCCGAUCCCCUCCCUCCCGUCUGGGCCACUAAACCCGAAACGGACAAAUGCUUCGACGACGCCGCUCGUGUCCUCGUUUCCGCUCUCCGCGAAGACAUCGCACAAGCACAAGGAGCGCCACGGUUGGCUGUGAUGUUCGCGACGCAUAAUAGGGAGAGCUGUGAGGUUGUUUUGGAGCGGAUGGUUGAAGAGGGGUUGGCUGUGCGGGAGAGGGAGGGUGAGAAGGGAAAGGAGGCGUUCAGAGUUGGGGAUGAGGUGGCGAGGAGAGUUACUUUGGGACAGCUCUAUGGUAUGAACGACGAACUGACUGACUCACUCGUGGACAAGAUCAAAUCGUCAUCACCAAUGCUCGUCAAAUACAUACCUUACGGUGAACUCUCCCAGGUCAUGCCUUACCUGAGCCGACGCGCGGUAGAGAACAAGUCGGUCCUUGGAGGUGGCCAGGCUGCUGCAGAGCGGAGGAGGGCGUGGGGGGAGAUCUAUGCCCGCAUUUUUGGCGGGCGGUAAUUCAUUUAUUCUGUUUUAUUUCUUUGGCAAUCGUGUGGAAUAAUUGGAACUCG